AUGGAGAAGACACGCAGAGACCAUGGCAUCUGGUGCUUUUUUUUCUUUCUUGAUUCUGUGAAAUUCUGCACCAAACAAAAACAAACAAACAAACAAAAAAAGACAAUAUUUUUUUAAACAUACUGUCGUGAAUGGAAAGAGCGUAGAAACACUGAAUGAGCCGAACUGCACUUCUACCAGAUUAAUGAAGUAAAUUUAGUUCAUGAAUAACAUUGCAUCCUUCUAAAUUAUAUCACGACUCUAAUAUGGACAUUCACUAUAAUAGCCUGAAGCUUUUUGAAAUGUUUGCAAAGUUGCUUGAGAGUUAAACAGAACAUCAGUGACGCUGUGACCGCAGAGACUUCCCUGAAUGUGUUUUUCCUGUAGUGAAGUGACGCGCGUGGCUUCAUGGCUUCAGUGUUCCGGGGCUAUUACAGCUGUGCGGACUCGCCCUGAAUGUGCCAGCUGCGCAGAGGGCUGAGGCGCGUGCUGCAGUCCGGCUGCUCGCAGCAUGAUGUGAGGAUGGUGGAGGAGACUUCCGCACCUCUCAGGAACGCUUCGUCCUCCCGCGGAAACCACGAGAGUCUAUCCUUCCCCUGGACGCUCACUCUACUGGCCAGCGUGCUCAUCACCACUAUAGCAGUAGACGUGCUGGGCAACCUGUUGGUCAUCUUGUCGGUUGUAAGAAACAGGAAACUCAGGAAAACAGGAAAUGCCUUUGUGGUGAGUUUGGCUGUGGCAGAUCUUGUAGUUGCCAUCUACCCUUACCCAAUGGUCUUAACUGCUAUCUUCAACAAUGGCUGGAUUGCAGGAAACAUGCACUGCCAAAUCAGUGGCUUCCUGAUGGGGCUCAGUGUCAUCGGCUCCAUCUUUAACAUCACGGGCAUCGCCAUCAACCGCUACUGUUACAUCUGCCACAGCCUUAACUAUGACAAGAUCUUCUCCAAAAUGAACACUGUGUGCUACGUAGUGAUUGUAUGGGUCUUCACCAUCCUGGCCAUUAUGCCUAAUUGGUUCAUGGAGUCUUUGCAGUACGACGCACGUGUCUAUUCGUGCACAUUUUCACAGUCAGUCAGCUCUCUCUACACCAUCAUAGUAGUGGUGGUGCACUUCAUUCUACCUAUCAGCAUUGUCACCUACUGCUACCUGCGCAUCUGGAUCUUCGUCAUCCAGGUGCGUAAACGCGCCAAGCCCGACAACCAGCUCAAGAUCAAGCCACAUGACUUUCGCAACUUUCUCACCAUGUUUGUGGUGUUUGUGCUGUUUGCUGUGUGCUGGGCGCCACUGAACUUCAUUGGCCUGGCAGUGGCCAUCCAGCCCUCGCUGGGCCAGGCCAUUCCUGUGUGGCUCUUCACAGCCAGCUACUUUAUGGCUUAUUUCAACAGCUGCUUGAACGCAGUUAUCUAUGGCGUACUCAACAACAAUUUUCGAAAGGAGUACAAAAGAAUUGUGCUCUGUCUUUUUAAUUUUCAUUGUUAA